AUGAGCACUGAAACCGCCCGUAUCACCGACUUUUCCGACGAGUCUGCAAGGAUAAUUCGGAUCCUGGCCAUAUCCUCCAGCAGCACAAGCAUUGCCUUCGGUUUGGUGUCCUUCUACUUAUUUGGUGCUAUAGAUUACAGCAAGAGAGUAUUUCGACAUCAACUCAUCAUCUUCCUGAUUUUAUUUGACUUCCUUAAGGCCAUCUUCCUACUCAUAUUUCCGGCCCGGACCUUGGAUAAUCCAGAAUCUGCCGACAAUAGGACAUUCUGUAAUGCUAUUGGAUUUUUCACAGCAGUAUCCAUCGAAGGUGCCGACAUCGCUAUCCUGGCAUUUGCUGUGCACACCGCGUUGCUAAUUUUUCGGCCCAAUAAGAAAGUACGAAAUGGGAACAACCUAGAAGGAGGUCUUUUCAGGUAUCGCUAUCCCGUAUACCUGGUGUCCUUUUUGACCCCAAUACUUCUGGCUUCCUUGGCAUUCAUUAAUGGCUCAGGUUAUGUACCCAUCUCUUCCUGGAGCUAUCUUCCUGUCCAUCCCAUUUGGUACCGAUUGGUUCUCAGUUGGGUACCUAGAUACAUUAUUCUGAUCAGCAUCAUUACCAUAUAUUGCUCCAUUUAUUUUUACAUCCUAUCUCAGUAUAAUUCUGUUGGUGGAACUGCCAAGAUCAUGUGGAAGGAGUCUUUAUGGUACAAGUUAAGCAAUAUAGUACUAAUGCUUUUUUUCCCAGAUAUUUCCCUUUCUUCAAGGUCACACGGCCAAAACGCAGAAGCAGCUCCAGACUCAAAAAACAUUGAUAACGUGAGCGUGGAUGACAACACUGAGUUUGGAAACUGGAAUAGAUUAUUUUCCAUCAAGGAAGAGGACAAUUCUAUGUCAUCUAACAUACAGAGACCAUUUGAGAAAGUCAAAAUCCCUUCAUCUUCUUCCAUGUCUCCAAGGAACACGGCUGCAUACGAAGAGAAAGAGAAGGACCAAAUUAUUCACGAUUUAAGGGAAAGAAUUCAAUUGGAGACCCAGGAAACUAUCAAUAAGGAAACCGUUGAGUUGUUUCAAAUACGUCGGCUACAGAUAUUGAAACAGAUGAAGGUUAUUUUUAUAUAUCCGAUUGCCUACAUUUUUCUAUGGCUUUUUCCAUUUAUCCUGCAAUGUGUUGAAUUCAACUAUUCCCGUGAGGGAGGCCCCGUACUUUGGCUGAAUUACGUCGCUGCUUUCAUGCAACCUUUUAAUUGCACAGUUGACAGUCUGGUCUUCUUCUUCAGGGAGACCCCUUGGAACUUGACCUCAUCUAGUGUGGAUCACCUAUAUGAACACAAGUACUCCGACUUCCGUCGCUCAGUCUCAUUUUUGCCCAUGUAUGGUCUACCCGAUCAGUAUCUACGUGGCACUCCACCUGUGGCGCCAAGCAAUGCUGACCAAAACAAUUCUAUUAGUCCAUUUACAAAUUACCUCAUGAAUAAACCCAGAAGUUUGAGACCUAGUGUUUCGUCCAACAUUGACCCCUCCCAAACAGAAGAGAUUGCUGGUGCCGACGAUGAUAUGUCUUUCACGGAAGCGCUGCAAUUUCUAAGGGGUGAACCCCCAGCUGAAAAGCCAGUUCCUAACAGUGCAGAUUUGUCAGCGUCUCCAAAAGCACGCAAGCUUUCAAAAGUUAGCUGGCGUUCAUCCAGAAGAGGUUCUGCAACGGACAGUCACUAUAGUGCUAAGAGAAAUAGAAGUGAUCCUUCGAGUGACGAACAGCCAUCGUCCAACUUGAAUUCUUCCAAUAAGAGCCCCGAUGACCCAUCUGACUCUCCUCCUUUUUCUCUACCUCAUACUGGGGCAUUGGAGCCACAACUCACUCAUAUUCCUGAAACAUCAGCAUCAUCACCUAAGCACUCCCCAAAACAGAGCAGACAAUCUUCUGCGUCAAACCGUAAAGAUGUACCGUUCCUUGGAUUCUUCAAAUCCAGCAAGUCAGAACCACAAUCAUCUGAAGCAUCUCAAGUUGAUAAUCACUCCCACCAAUCUCACUCUCAAUCCCAUAAUGGCUCAGAAGAAGAUCUUACCUUUUUAGAGUUUCUAUCUCAGGGACCAAAAAAUUGA